AUCAUCUAUUUUGGCGAGUUAUCCCAAAGAUGGAUGAUCAUCACUUUGCGUGGAUACUUUGGUACAUAUGGAAAGCAAGGAAUAGUAUGGUAUUUAGUAAUAUGGAUAUUGAUCCUCGAGAUACUCUCGGGAAGGCCGAGACGGAAUCUUUUAUGUGGGCUGAUGCACAGGUGACUCCUGAGUCACAUGACGCACACCAGAGAGAUAUGGCUCCCAUACCGGUGAGACCGGGCAGAUGGUGCUUCUCUGAUGGCUCAUGGAAGGCAAAUGAUAACUUCUCGGGACAAGGAUGAUAUAGCACCUUACCAGGAUUUGAUGGUUUGAUGGGUGCAAGAAACACCAGAGCUAGUCUUUCACCUCUCCAUGUAGAGUUUGAAUCACUAAUAUGGGCAAUGGAAUGUAUGCGGAAUUUGCGGCAGUUUCGGGUCACAUUUGCAACAGAUUGUUCUCAAUUGGUGAAGAUGGUUUUGGAACCAGAAGAAUGACCAACGUUUGCAAACUACUUGACAGAUAUAAAGACCCUUAGUACUGGAUUUCAGAGCUUGGAGAACAUCUAUGUACCAAGAACGCAUAACACACAGGCGGACAAACUAGCACGGAGUGCAAGAAUUCAACUGUCGUUCGUCGUUCACAUGGAUGCAGAGCUACCCUCUUGGUUAACAGAGUCUAUAUGAGUCUGUUUUCUUUUGUUGAUGUCAAAAAAAAAAAGAUUAUCUUUUGAAAAACUGAAAAAAAGGAAAUUGGGUGAAAUUGCCACACAAAAAACCAUAAUUUAUUAUCUAUAACCAAAAUCACUCCCUCUCUUCUCUUUCUUCUUCCUAUCUCUCUCUACUCUCUUUCUAUAAAACUAACUUCACUUCUUUUUUUGGUUAUAUCACAAAUAAGCCCAAAAAGAAAUAUCAAAAUAAAAAAAAGAAAAAUUUAAAAACUAAAAACCAAAAGCUAAAAAUCUAAAUAAAAUCUGAAAAGUAAAAACCAAAAUCAACUAGCUAGACCUACACCAGUUGCUCGACUCAAGCCUAUAUAUAUCAUAAGUUAUUGAACAUCCUUCCUUUAUUAUACAGCUUGUUAUUAUAAUUUUUAUGAAUAAAGUUUCUGCCGAAAAAUUAUAUUUUCAAAGAGAACUUAUUUUUCAAAGAUAACUUGUUUUGGUAGAUAAUAAUAAAUAAUAUAUAGGUAUACAUAAGGUACAUAAUUGUCAAACCUUUAUAACUAAGUAACUAACAAAUGUUUUGAUUAACAACACAAAUUUUUGUCUUCGGACUCAUCAUUCAACAAAAGUGAUUAACCAAUCUUGUUUAAAAUCAAACCUUCCUUCUUCUUUGUUAUGUCAACGUAUUAUCAAAACAAUUUGUAAAAAAAAAUCCAAAAUCAAAAACCACACGAUGUUCUACAUUCAUGAUUCAUCUCUUUCUUCUCGUCUACCAGUUACUUAAUCCAGACUCCCCGGUACAUAUGUCACAUCUCACUUAACCAUAAGCUACCUUUUACUUUUCACACCUUAUUAAUAACCUUUUAUAGAAGACAUACAUUAUUCCCAUGCCUUGCAUGUCAUUUAAGCAAACAGAAUAUACAGUUUCACUAAAGCCAUCAUCAUUCAUCAAAAUGAAGAUUCACUUGGUUAUCCUCCUUGUCCUAUCCAUCUAUGCCACACCAACACUUGCUAAACCCGCUCGACCAUUUAUCUUAAAACUUGUUCGGCACAAAGCCGAGAAGAAUUCAAAGCUAUACAAAACUAAAGAGAGCGAUGCAACAAUCUCCCACCUCACUCCUAACCGUGAACCACCGGUUUUUCUAGCAAAGUUAUCAAUUGGUGAGCCACCAGUUCCACAACUACUGCAUGUGGACACUGGUAGUAGUUUCACAUGGGUCAAAUGUGGGGGAUGCAUCACAUGUCAAACUCAAUUUCCGGGGUAUAAUCCAACGGCAUCAUCAACGUACAGUAGCGUGAGUUGUGACGACUCUUCUUAUGAGUCAUCUCCAGCGUUGUCCCCCGUCAAAAGAACCGGAGAAUGUCAUUACCGAGAGAUGUACUUUGACGGCUCAGAAAGUAGGGGUACGUUAGCCAAAGAGACUAUACUGUUUGACACGGAGGACGAUGGGAUUGAAUCUGUGUCAAAUGUUGAAUUUGGAUGUGCGCAUGACAUCAUUGAUGGGUUUAAUGUUGGAACUGGUCUACUCGGGCUAGCAUAUGGAAAGUUCUCGAUUUUAAAACAAUUUAGCAACAAAUUUUCUCUAUGUUUUGAGACAUUUAGUGACGACCCGAGUUCCGGUCACAGCUUUCUAGCAUUAGGAGAUGGAGCAAGGACCACAGGACAAUCAACGUCAUUAUUUAUGAGGUAUGGUCAUUACCAUGUGGACAUAGAGAGAAUCAGUAUCGAUGGAAGAACUAUAAAUAUUCCAAACCAGUUGACACCGAUAGGAAACACAAUCAUCGACACUGGGACUAGUAUGCUAAAUUUGGCUGGAGAAUCGUACAGUGAGUUUAAGACUCAUAUAGACAGCCUUCUUGACGGACACCUAAACAACUUUAUGGAUGGUCAUUUGGUAUGUUACAAUGGGACCAUUCAACAUGAGCUGCCUCAAUUGCCUACCAUUACAUUGACCUUCUACAAGGGGGCCUCUUUAGAGUUAGACCCAACCAGUCUAUUUCACCAACUUGGGGAUGAAUAUUUCUGCUUAUCUGUGAUGAUGAGCCCUAAAAUUGAUCUCAGCAUUAUUGGGACAAAUGCGCUUCAGAGUUAUAACAUCGGGUUUGAUCUUGACAAUGAAACCAUUUACUUUGACAAAAUCUCGUGCGAUUACCUUGACUAGAUUGAUAUAAUUCCAAUGCUUUUUUAUAAAAUUGAGUUCCGUUGUUCCACACCGUGUUUGAUAAUUAAUAAGAGCCGAAUUUUCUUAAAUUACGAAUAUUUCAAUCUUUUAAAACUUGUUGACAAAAUUUUUUAUUAAAAAGAAAACAUAGACACAUAAUAGAAGUACUGUUUU